AUGCCGAUGGACUUUUCCACCUACAUAAUGCAAAUUAACGACGCGCUAAACGCUGAGAAUGGGCCAAAUCUUGCCUACCUUCUUCGGCCAACGAGCCCUCAUGGAAAAGAUCUCGUCAAGUCUCUUCGUUCUCCAACGGUGGUUUCGAUGGCACAAUACAAAGGCUGCAUAUCCAGCCCAUGGGACGAGGUCGCCAUUCAAUACGUGUUGACCUGUACCCAUAUCGCUCAUGGGAGGUCUGCGGAGGCAUUCAAGCAGCAAUCAGCACUCGUUUCCGCAUUCUCUCGCUACUUCAUCGAGAACACGGGUUGGACGCUGCCUGCAUUGUUCUCCAUUCUGCGGGACCUCAGAGACUUGGCGGAUGAUGCUGACCUCCAUGGGCCACCGAAUUCGACGGAGCAAAACGAGUGCAAAAUGGAGGCAGCCAGGGUAGUUGCGAGAGCGUUUUCAAACUGCAUGACAGAUCGAGUCUCGCCUCCUGAAGAGUCACGCAAAUGGGGCGUUUACUAUAUUGUCGGGCUUGUCAUGAAAUGCUACUUCAAGGUCAAACGGAUUUCUCUGACCAAGAACAUUAUAAAGGCGCUUGAGAAUACCAACGAUAUACCCGAACUCGCAGAUUACCCACGGGCACACCAGGUCACUUAUCGCUACUACAUUGGCAUGCUCGCAUUUCUUGACGAAGAGUUCUCCAAAGCGGAGCAGGAGCUGACGUUGGCGUUCUACCAGUGCACAACGAAAGCGCACAAGAACCAGACUCGUAUCCUCACUUAUCUUAUUCCCCUUCGCAUACUUCGAGGUCAUCUCCCGUCUCAAGACCUUCUCGGACGUUUUCCGAUCCUCGCAGACCUCUUCUUGCCAUUCAUAUCCGCCAUCCGAGUAGGCGAUCUUGCUGCUUUUGACUCUGCACUUGCCGCACGCGAGGCCAAACUUAUCGACCUCAAUCUGCUUCUUACCAUCGAAAAAGCUCGUGAACUCUGUAUGCGAGUGGUCUUCCGUCGAGUUUGGCUCCUCGAGAAGAAAAGCACGCGCAUGCACCUCAGGCUGUUCCAUGCUGGCUUGCGGGUGUCCGGCUGGGAUGUCGAUGUCGAGGAGGCGGAAUGCUUGGUGGCGAAUAUGAUCUACAAAGGGUUCAUUCGCGGGUACAUCAGCCACGAGAAGCAGACGGUGGUUUUGGCGGCCGCGAAUGCGUUUCCUCGCCCGUCAGAGAGGCCGUCGCCCUAUUCGCUUGUGUGA